UGAUCCGCCUGUCGAUCUCACGAUCCACUCUUCCCCCACUCGUGAACAAGACUCCGAGGUACUUGAACUCCUCCACUUGGGGCAAGAUCUCCUCCCCAACCCGGAGAUGGCACUCCACCCUUAUAAUACAGAAAAUUAAUGAUACUGUGUUGGGGGCCCUGUAAAGAUUCUUUUCAUGGGGCCCAAAAUCCCUAGCAGCGCCCCUUGCACACAGGCAUCCUCCAUAAAGGGAUACACCCCUACCAGGAGGAUCGUCCUACUCGUUCGAGUGACCGCCGAUGAUGUGUGCAACAUGUGCUAUUUGUUGCUCAUUUUUUUUGUUUUACUUGGCGCUGUAUGUAGAAAUAGCGCCUCUGAACUGGCAGUUGUUUGCAUCAGCUCUGCUCUUUUAUUCUUUGAUAUUUGUCAUUUUUACCUUUUUUGUGUACUUUCUGAAACCACAUAUAUUUCCCCCAAUAUGGAUAUCCCAUUCUAAUGUGGCAUAUGCGAGUUUGUGCAUUAAAAACUAUUUUUCUGUAAUGUCACGCGUUUUGAAGCACAAAGUGAAUGUUUCGUGGGUCUGACUUUGAAAACAAAUGUUCCUACAGUGGACAUUAAACAAACAGGUACGUCAGACCCACAUUGUAGUCACGAGUUGGCGCGUCAACGUAACCUCGCGAGAACUCGCCCUGGUGUGUUGUUUGCUAAACAUUAGCCUGAAAGCUAGCACGACAAGUCAUCCUCCAUACUGUUUCUCCCGUGUUUCGGACUGCGAUGGAGGCCCUCACAGCCGCAGAGGAGGCGGAGAGGCCGCACCAUCGACCAUUCCUCAUCGGGGUCAGCGGAGGAACCGCCAGUGGCAAAUCGACAGUGUGCGCCAAGAUCAUGGAGCUGCUGGGCCAGAACAAAGUGGACCACCGGCAGAGGAAGGUGGCCAUCAUCAGCCAGGACUGCUUCUACAGAGUCCUCACUGCAGAGCAGAAGGGCAAAGCGCUGAAGGGGCAGUACAACUUUGACCACCCAGGAGCCUUCGACAACGACUUAAUGUACAAAACGCUGAAGGACAUCGUGGAGGGGAAGGUGGUUCAAGUGCCAACAUAUGACUUUGUCACCCAUUCCAGGCUAGACGAGAGGAUCACGUUUUAUCCAGCAGACGUGGUGCUCUUUGAGGGCAUCCUCGUCUUCUACCCUCAGAAAGUGCGCGACAUGUUCCACAUGAAGCUCUUUGUCGACACGGACUCCGACGUCAGGCUGUCUCGCCGAGUUUUACGAGACAUGACCCGAGGGAGAGACCUGGAGCAGAUCCUCUCUCAGUACACCACUUUCGUCAAGCCGGCCUUUGAGGAGUUCUGCUUGCCUACCAAGAAGUAUGCAGACGUCAUCAUUCCGAGAGGCGUGGACAACAUGGUGGCUAUCAACCUCAUCGUGCAACACAUCCAGGAUAUUCUAAACGGCGACCUGUGCAAGUGGCAGCGCGGCGCCGUUAACGGCCAGGGGCGGAGCUUGAAGCGGGCCCUGUCGGAGCAGUGCGACCUGCAGAACGGAAAGAGGGUACUGCUGGAGCCGAGCAGUCGUCCCCACUAGCGGCUCCUUCGCGAAUGUUUUUCGUUACUGGUAUGGAUCUCACAUGCAUCCAUGUUUGGGCAGAUAAUAGAAAGCUUUUUGAUUUGUUUUAAGCUUUCGGUUGUGUCAAUACUAAUAUAUAUGAAUGAUAUUAAGAGUUUUUUUUAACUUAUUUAAUGCCUUAAUCUAUUAAUGUUCACCUUCCCGUGCAACAAUAAAAGCACGACUACAAGAUAAUAAAUGUCUAAAAAAACA